GUGCGACACGUCAUCUGAGCGCUGCUAUUGGUUGGAGCGCAGUAAACAUCUGAAAAGCCGGAUCUGGUGGUGUGAGGAGGAAGCGGCGGUGUCAGCAUGGAGAUGGGCGAUCAGGAGGUGCCGCCCGCCCAGCAAGAACUAGAAAUGGACUUCACCAGCUUCCUGCAGGAGACAGUGGGUUCGGCUCUCUCCAGCUACGGAUGGUUCAUCCUAUUCGGCUGCAUCCUUUUGUAUAUUUUGAAGCAGAAAUUUUCAUCCAACUUUAGCUCUCUCCUCGCCAGCGCACAGACGGCGCCAGCAGACCCAGAUGAAGUGGUCAGAAGACAGGAAGCAGUGGCUGCAGCCAGGCUGAGGAUGCAACAGGAGUUGGAUGCUCAGGCAGAAAGAUAUAAAGAGAAGCAGAGACAGCUGGAAGAAGAGAAGAGGCGGCAGAAGAUUGAGAGCUGGGAGAGCAUGAAGGAAGGGAGGAGUUACAAGGUGGCUUCUCCCAUCAGUCAGCCGCAGGAGCCAUCUGCAAGCACCUCGGCGUCGUCCUCUGCCCCGAAACCGAAACCGGAUCGGAGACCUCUUAGAGACGCCGGUUAUAAUCCUCUGACAGGCUCUGGAGGAGGCACUUGUGCUUGGAGACCGGGACGCAGAGGACCUUCUGCAGGAGGAUGAGGUUAAGCUGCCUUGCUGGUCUUCUUCUCUCCGUAAGAAAUCCCAGCAAGGUCAUUGGACUGUCCCGCCUACCAAAGCAGCGUCUCCAUUACUGCUCUGAAGGAUCUCGCAACGCAAAUCCUUUUCGCCUGGAAUAGCGUUGGAUCGCGCUGUGUGCAUUCUCGCAGGUCUGGGUAUAUUUUGCAUACCGAAAAAGACGGGACUUCCCCCUAGAAUGUUGAAUUUCCGGAAAAGUUGAUUUGUCACCAAAUACUGUUUACUGCAGUUUGACGCUCCUAAUGACGUCAUCCUUACAAAUGGUUUGCAGCCAAUAAGGGUGACCGAUGUUGUGUGGCGGACGGUCCUCCUCCUCCUCACGUCUCUUCAUUGUUUGUAUCUCAAUAGAAUAAUAGACACUUUGCACCUUCAGCCAAAAUGGUGAGAUUCGUCUGUGUGGAUAGAAGAUCUCCCAUGUUACAUCUUUUUCUUUUUCUUUUUCUUUUUUUUCUUUUUUUCCAUGGCUUAAUCUUUCAAGAUUUCCAAGAGAUUAAUAAUUAAAAAAAAGUGUCUGUAUUUA